UUGUUACCGAGUUGUUUACAGUGUGAUUUGCUUAACUACCGGAAAUCGGGGUGACAUCCUUCCUGAAGCAGACGAAAAUAAUAAUAAGUUGCAUAAAAGAGUUGACUCAUUAAUGUCCUGCUCAUUUUUUUCAUGGGAAGACGACGAGAUGCGGAGGAGAGGAUAAUUUAUCGAGCGAGAUUACAAGAAACGCGACCCGAGCCAAAAGAUUUUGUUCAAGCUUAGAAUCAGUCUGGCGUAUGAUGUAGAAGAACGAGAAGGAAAUUCCGUUCUGAUAAGUUUCUUAAGUUUGGCGAUAAUUUUUUUGUAUUUUUUUGAAUUUUUGAAAAAUGGCCGGUGUCCUGUGUCAAGGGGGUGGUUUGGUGUUUGGAACGACGGGAGGCCGAUGUAGGUUCAUGGUUUUCCUGGAAGAGUUUAAGGUCGGAGAGAAAGUAGUUUCCGGUUUGACGGUGGGGAUUGAUGGGCCCUCCGAACCCGAGAUAAAGUUCGACCAUGAAGACAAUGGAAACAUUGAGGUGACCUGGACCCCUUAUGCGCCCGGAUUUUACGACGUCCACGUCAAGUUUAACGGCACCCCGGUGAAAGAUAGCCCCUUCAAUGUGAAGAUUGUGGGAGAGGUGAAUUGCAUGGGUCAAUACACGAAACCGAAGGAGCAGGUCGUGACCGGUUGGGCGGCGAGACAAAAGGCAGAAAAGGCUCUGAGGAACCCGAAGUAAUGGUAGAAUAAGGUCCCCUAAUAAUUCAGGGGCUGUUCAUGAAUUUUUUAGCGGACAUUGUGACUUUAUGUGAUGUCAAACUUGCAUAAUUAAAUGGAGUGGUCUUUACAAUCAAGACUUUUCCGCCUCAUAAUUUAUGAACGGCCCAUUAGUGAUUUCUUUCAGCUCAACUAUUUACCGUAGUGCUCAUCCGUGAACGAAUUACUAAUGCCAAAAUUAAAUGCUGGUAUAGCUUAAAUGAAAUUAUGUAUGUAAGGUAUGAAAAUUUGUAAAAUGUGAAACUUUCAGAAAUUAUCCGAAUAUUACUUGUACUUUGUUGGUAAUAAAAUACGUACGUGUAUAAUUUA